CAUGACACUGGUUCAAGUAAAUGUACUAUUGGUGGGGGAGGAAAGAAUAACUAGCAAGUUCUAUCAGUUAAGAGCUGGAGCAGAGAGGAACAGAGAUGCAGCAGUUGGCAUAAUGUUAUAAAUGAGAUCCUGAAACUGGUGCUUUGGACAACAGAACACAGAUUAUAUCAGUAUAGUGGUUUUAUCUGUGACAGCAUGUGCUACAUUAAUGAAUGGCCAAAAAGGUUUCUGAAGACAUUUAUUCAACAGUACAGUAAUUUUCAGGUUAAUCUAUUAAUUGACAAUGAAGCGGAGAAGGAUUAUCUUUAUGAUGUGCUGCGGAUGUACCACCAAUCUAUGAAUCUUCCAGUGCUUGUGGGGGACCUAAAACUCGUGAUUAAUGAGCCAAGCAGAUUGCCUCUAUUUGAUGCUAUCCGCCCACUUAUCCCCUUAAAACACCAGGUGGAAUAUGAUCAGCUGACACCCAAACGAUCACGAAAGCUGAAAGAGGUGAGACUGGAUCGUUUGAAUCCUGAAGGGCUUGGAAUAAGUGUGAGAGGUGGACUGGAAUUCGGCUGUGGCCUCUUCAUUUCCCAGUUAGUUAAAGGAGGACAGGCAGACAAUGCUGGACUUCAGGUUGGAGAUGAGAUAGUUCGUAUAAAUGGAUAUUCUAUUUCAUCGUGCACACAUGAAGAAGUCAUAAACCUCAUUCGUACAAAGAAAAUAGUGUCCAUAAAAGUAAGACAUGUUGGCAUGAUACCUGUCAAAAGUUCAGCAGAUGAACCCCUUAAAUGGCAAUAUGUGGAUCAGUUUGUGUCAGAAACUGGGGAAGCAAAGGGCAGUGUUGCUGGACUUGCUUCUUCUGGAGGGAGAGACAGUAAGGAGAAGAAAGUCUUCAUUAGCUUGAUAGGUACAAAAGGCAUGGGAUGCAGUAUUUCCAGUGGUCCGACACAAAAACCAGGCAUUUUUAUCAGCAAUGUUAAGCCGGGUUCUCUUUCUGCAGAGGUGGGCUUAGAGGUUGGUGAUCAGAUUGUUGAGGUAAAUGGAGUGGACUUUUCUAACGUGGAUCAUAAAGAGGCUGUCAGAGUGCUCAAAAGUAGUCGUACUUUGACUAUCUCUGUGGUAGCAGGCGCUGGAAAGGAGCUGUUCAUGACUGAAGAAGAAAGACAAAGAGAAGCACGUCUCCGUGAGCAAGAACGCCAGGAGUUAAUGCAUCAGAAGCGACUUGCGCUGGAGACUAACAAAAUCAUCAAAGAGCAGCAAGAGAAAGAGAGAUUAAGAAAACUGGAGAUUUCCCAGAAGGCUGCAGAGGAAGAAGAGAGAUAUCGCAGAGAAAUAGAGCAGAUAACAGCAGAGGAGGAGAAAUUUAAAAAGGAGUGGGAAGAAGACUGGGGUCCUAAAGAACCACCCAAGUCUUUAAAAACUGUAACUGCAGAAGUGCAUUCUGUCCCUCGUUCCAAACACAAAAAUUUAAAGGGAAUUGCACAUGACCAACUUGAAACAGAUGACAUGGAUGAAGUGAUCAUGAAGCAGGACAAACAGGGCUUCCAGAAGUACGUGGAAGAUUUUGAUCCAUAUUCAAUGUUCACCCCAGAACAGAUUAUGGGAAAAGAUGUACGGCUAUUACGAAUUAAAAAGGAAGGAUCGUUGGACCUUGCAGUCGAGGGAGGAAUUGAUUCUCCAAUUGGAAAGAUAGUUGUGUCUGCCAUAUAUGAAGAUGGUGCUGCAGACAAACACGGAGGCAUAGUGAAAGGGGAUGAAAUACUGGCUGUAAAUGGCAAGAUAUUAAUUGACAGCAAGCUGGCAGAAGCACAGGCAACUCUAGCAAAAGCUUGGAACAUGGGUGGGGAUUGGAUUGACUUAGUCAUUGCAGCAUCACCUCCAAAGGAAUAUGAUGAUGAAAUAACAUUUUUUUAAAGAAGACUACAACUGGAAAAAUGGAAUCUUUCCUCUGCAGAAAGAUAUACCUGCUGCUCUGUAUAUUAAUAGGAAAUCAAUAGCCACAUGAAAUGCAUCUUUAUUGACUGAUAUGUGAGCAAUCAGACCUGUAAAUUGAACUAGAGACUUCAGAUUCUUCAGAUUAGAAAGAUUUUAAAUUACUCAAAUAUAGACAUACAGCAAAAUUUUUUUUGCCACAUAACUGCUGGUGAGCAUAGUUCAGUCUGUGAGCAUUCAAUCUAUUUUUGCUAUUUUGGGGGGACAAAUUUUGAAAAUUAUCUUUCAGUUUUCCUGGAAAUAGACACCAAAAUGACAAAUGAAGAUAGAACACAGAUGUCUGUUCCCACAUGCAACACUUUCGAAUACACCUUCACAGGCCAGUUUGGGUGCGAAAAGGAUUAUAUUUUUACUCCCUGCAUAGUGAUUUUCCCUGGGAAAGUGGGAAUGUAUACAGUUAACUUAUGUUCUCGCUCAUAUUCUUGUAGCUCUCCUAAUGUCCAUUUCUGUUGCUCAGUUGUGAGUUUUUUUGAAUGUAAAAACCCAGGAGUGCUAGCAUUAUGAGGAAUAAUUUUGGUGAUAUUUAUGCAGCAUAAAGAAUCUUCUCUACCAGCAAAGUAGAUAGCUAGCAAGUAGUCCAGAUAAAAUAAUUAUGUGUAGUCACAUUUAUACUACUGAGUAUUUGUAUUGGUGUCAAAAAUUCCUCCCUCACAUAGUCAUGGGUGGAAAAUUUGGGUGUGAUUCACAGUCUGCAGUUGUGUACUUUGUUCUCAGUGAGGCUAUAUGUGUGACUAAACUAUGCAGGAAGCCACCAAGUGUAAUAUUCUGCUUUUGGUAAUUAUGUGUCUUAGGUUUGAGUAAAUUUCUCAAGACCAUAUAACUCUACUAACUUGGCUUUAAAUAAGUAUGAUUACAGUUGUAGAUUUAGUAAUUUAUUUGUAUGAACAAACUAUCUCCUUAAAAAUGUCAUUGUCUUCUUCCUUUCUUGUAUCUGCCGGUUUGUAUUCUGUUUUUCAUAUUGUGUUUAGAUUUUUCUUACCUGUACUAAAGAGAGACAGUUUAUAGUUCUUUGGGCAUAUCAAAUUCCCCCUCAAGUCUCGCCUUUUCAAGAUUUGGAAACCCUCCUUUCUGUAACACAGAAAAAUAACAACUUUGUUCCUGAGAACUCUAUACUCAUACGCAGAUGAUGACUUAUGUUGACUUUCUUUAUUUGCAGUAUGGUUCCAGUAUGCCAAUUAAUGUGUGUGGCAGGGUACAUAUGUUAGAAUGUGUAAUAUUUUAACUCUUACAGCUAAUUCAGAAAUAAAAGUGCAUUUGCCAAA